CUCAGUGAUACAUGCUUCAUGGAGUUUUUUGAUCGAAACAAGAUGAAAAGGAUCGACACCGGUUGGCUUGACGGCAGUACAUGCCACAACCAAGAUGGCUGCUUCCUUGAUAUGCGGGGAAACACAAUACAGAUUUGCAGGGUGAGUUCAGUCCUAAACAGAGAUGUGAAGCAGUUUGGGAAGAAGUUCAUGUUUGACAGCAACGAGGAGACAUGCUGGAACUCAGACCAGGGUGACUGUCAAUGGUUGAUUUUGGAUUUCCCCCAGUCUGUUAGCGUGUCCGAGUUAAAAGUUCAGUUCCAGGGAGGUUUUUCGGCCAAAACAUGCAGGAUGGAAGGUUGUUCAGCAGAUGGAGAUUUCACAGUCAUCAGUCAUUUUUACCCAGAAGACAACAACUCCCUUCAGUGUUUUCCCAUACAGGAGAGGGCAACUGUAGACAGAGUAAAAAUAACGUUUGAGAACAGCGCCGACUUUUUCGGGAGAAUUGUUGUUUAUACUUUGGACAUCCUAGGGGAGAAAGCCACAUGACCCAUACUCCGAAUAUGAGAGCGGAAAGAUGCUCGACGUCCAAGAUGCAAGAUGUCUGUGCUUCCAUCAUGUGAAGGGAUAGGAAUGCUGCCUUUUUUCGGGUACAGAGAAUGGAUGCAACUACUGGCAAAAGAGAUGCUGAAUCAGUCUCAGAAGAACAUUAUGACAUCAGUAAAAGGCAAAUACAAAAACUUGCUUAGAAGUUCAGAACAUUCGGAUUUAGUCCUACGUAUUUGAAGCUAAUUAAACAUUUAAAAAUGUGUUUUUUUUUGGUUGUUUUUAUGUCUCCCAUAAGGCUUGAAUUAUACUCUUGUCAAAUCAAGGUUGUUUUUUAACUCUAUUGGCAAUGAUAUUGCUCAUUUAAUUCUGUUUGGCAAUUAUGUUGCUUAUUUAAUUAUGCAUGCAUCUUUAAUGUAGCAUGUUUUAGAUCGUAUUUUCAUCAUACUGUGCCAUUUGAGUGGGGGGAAAAAUCUGAAUUGUGUCACUUAAACCAUGCAGUGUAAAUACAGCCAAAGUUAAUACAUUUUACUCAAUUGCAGAGUGGGAAAAAAUCAUAUUGGAAGACUUUAUUUAUAUAAAAAUCCAUUUAUUACAACUUGUUUACAAAAUUGCUUAUCCACAGCCAAACUAAACAAUCCUGCUGCACACAUGGCAAAUAUUGGUCAUUUUUGGCAUACUGCACUACUUUGCAUACAAUUAAAAAAAAAAAAAAAAAAAAAAAAAAAAAAAAAACUUCCUCAGUAUCUCUGUGUAAUUUAACAGCAUGUUUUGUAGAGUCUCAGAAUAUGGUCCUCUAAAACCUUUUGAACUGCAAAACACAUGGACAGAAAAAAAAAAGCAAACACUCUGAGUCAGCAAGUAAUUAACGUUAAAAGUUGUCAUGUUUAAAAGUGAGACUUACCUUUUGUGUACCCGAGGGCAACAGCCAAGGCCAUUGCACUGUAACCAGAGUCAGAUUCUGUUGUGAUGUCAGCUCCAUUCGCUACAGAAGAAUGAUCAAUUAGUAUAGUAAACACAUCUAUAACGUAAUAAAAUGUACCUAGGAGCACUUUUACACAUUUGACAUGGUUUCCUCGGACAGCAUACAGGAGUGGAGUCCCUCCAUUCUGCAUUUAAAACACAUUUUAGUCACAAAAACAAUUUUUAUUUAUCAGAAAACAAAUAGGGCUGGGACGAUCCGCUUUUGUCCCGAUCCGUAUCCCGAUACCUGUGAGGCAAUCCGAUACGUAUUUAUUGUGAUACUUCAACAAUGGCAACAUUUUACCUUUUAAAAUUUAUAAAUACACAUAGUGAUGCAUCUCCGUUUAAACUAGAGGCCAUUUGAUUUUUUUUUUUUUUUUU